AUGGUUUUUCCAGGAUCGGAUUCCCUCUUUUUGUUCGUCUACAUCUUCACAUUUGUAACAGGGCUUCCCCUGAACAUAGCGGCCCUGUGUACACUUAUUAAAAGGUUUAAGCACGGUGUCACACCAGUGGACAUCCUGCUGGUCAACUUGACCAUUUCCGAUUUGCUUCUCUUGAUGUUCCUCCCCUUCCGCAUGUUGGAAGCGGCCUCUGGCAUGGAGUGGAAUAUGCCGUACAUUUUUUGUCCUUUGUCAGCUUUUACGUUCUUCAGCAGCAUUUACAUCACCUCUCUCUUCCUCAUGGCCAUCAGCGUGGAGAGGUAUUUUGCUAUCGCCUUUCCUAUCAAAUACAAGUUUCUCCGGAGAUCGGUCUACUCGUUCAUUGUAUGCAUCUUCAUCUGGUGCAUUGUGACGGCUCACUGCAGUGUUAUCUACAUCUUGGAGUACAUUGUGCCCGGUAAUAUGACAGAACAAAACAUUACCAGGUGUUACAGUAGGUUUUCUACACCACAGCUCAAAGUUCUACUCCCGGUAAGGCUUGAAAUUAGCGUCCUUCUUUUCUUCAUCCCGUUUGUGAUCACUGUCUUCUGUUAUGUCAACUUCAUCAAGAUCAUCCUGUCUCAGGCUCAUCUGGAGAGAAAGAGGAAAACGAGGGCCAUCUGCCUAGUGGUGGUCACCCUAAUAAAUUUCAUCCUUUGUUUCAUGCCCUAUAAUCUAUCACAUGUUGUGGGGUUUUUCCAAGGCAAGAGUCCACAAUGGAGAGCCUACGCUCUGCUCUUGAGUACCUUUAACGCAUCGUUGGAUCCCCUCAUAUUCUACUUCUCGUCUGCAUCAUUUAAGAAAGACUUUUUGGAGGGGCUGGUGGAUGUUUCGGGAAGGUUCAAUUUUGGUAACUCUUGCUCUAAAAUUUGCAUGGCUCCUUUUGAGAAAGAGACUGAAGCAAUCAAAGAUUCUUCUUAG